AUCUAGGUCUCUAGGUCUUUGCCAACCUCUAGCUAUGGCUUCUUCAGAUUCAAAAACCUUUUCUUUGUCUGAUUCUCAACCUUCUACCCCAAUUCCUCUUUUUAAUGCUGUCCCACCCACCACACUCACUCCACCUACUCUUUCGUCCUUUCCCCAUUUCAAUACUCUACCCACUCCAAGCCUUACACCGACUUAUCAUGCCUCAUCCUCUUCCUUCUUUUCUCAUCCCAUGUUCACCAUUUCAAAUAUCAAAACUUUUAUUCCAGAAACCUUAACUCAUGACAAUUAUAUUAUUUGGAAAGAGUUGAUGAUUCCUGUUUUCAAAAGCAAGGGGGUAUAUGGCCAUAUUGAUGGUACAGAUCUGUGUCCUCCACCUUUUCAUCCUAAUCAUGACGCCUGGGUACAGAUUGAUUACCAAAUUUUAUCCUGGAUUCAUGCCACUAUUUCAACAAAUAUAUUGCAGAUGAUUAUUCAACCGGGUAAAACUCUUUCUGCCAAAGAAGCUUGGGAUGCCAUUCAUACUUCUUAUCAAAAUCAGUUGGCUGCCAGAAAAAUGUAUGUUAAGCAAGGGUUCGUUUCUCUCCAAAAACAAUCCAGCCAGUCUAUGUUCCAGUAUUUGCAAUCUGUCAAAAAGGCAGCAGAUAACAUGUAUGGUGUUGGUGAAUGUUUGACUGACAGAGACAUAGUAUUUCAGGCUCUUGCAGGACUUGAUGCUGAAUAUAGUGUUGCCAAGAGAACUAUUCCACACAGAUCUCCUUUUCCUUCAUUUGUGGAGCUUCAAUCUUUACUGCUUAUUGAAGAAUCAACAUUGCAAAGAGAAAAAUCUACCAGUGCUUUCCUUUUUGUUAACUCCAGUGCACAACAGGUGUUGCAGACCUCGGUUCACUCCUCUGGUAUGGGCUUUCCAAUUCCUGAGGCAUAUUAUUCUGGUACUCAGUCCCGGCCUGAUUUCUAUGGCAUGAACCGAGGCCGUGGAAGCUUCUAUAGAGGUGGCCGUGGUAACAAACGAGGUGGUCGAGGUGGUCGAGGUGAUCGUAGUUCACGUGGCUCCUUCUCAAAUUUUGAUUGUGGGUUCUAUCCUGGAGCACCCACUAAUCCAGGGUGUGGUUCCCCAUCUUUCUCAAUACUGUUGGGAAUCCUUCCUCAUCGCAACACUCAUCUUAUGGCCAUCAUUCCCCUCAUUUCCGUGGCUCGUGACUGCCCUCUGCUAAUUGGCACAAAUAUUGUCUCAAUGUCUUCUGCUCCAACAGCGCUCAUAGCCACAACAUUCCCUACUGCUCCGGAUAGCAAAUGGUAUAUUGACUCUGGUGCUAAUACCCAUGUCUCUAGUACCCCUGGAUAUCCACUCGAAGAAUGUCCUGCUUCGUUGCAAUAGUGCGGAGGGACUUUAUUCCGUGUCUAGCUCAUCUCAAAGUCAUCCUACGAUCCUUACUACUACAGUUGUGUCUCCUGAUGUCUAGCAUCUUCGUCUUGGUCACCCCAGUUCAGACUUUGUUACUCAAUUGGUUCGUCGUGGUUUAAUUUUGUCCAACAAUAAAGUUCUUAGUUCAAU